AUGGCUGGCCCCCUCCAAGAGCUGAAUCCGGUGUCAAAUGCCGUAUCCAAGGAUGAUCUCGUCAUACCGCUGAUCGAUUUUGGACCCUUCUAUACCGGGACCCCCUCCGACAAGCAUGCGGUCGCUCUGUCCAUCACCAACGCGUUCAAAUCAUCCGGGUUCGUCUACCUAAAGAACCAUGGCAUUCCCCCCUCUGUAGUCUCGCGAGUCUUUGCCUCAUCAGCAGCCUUCUUCCGCCGCCCCCAAAGCCAAAAGGACGCUCUGGGCUGGACGACCCCACAGUCGAAUCGCGGGUACGUCGCCAUUGGGCGCGAGAAGCUCGCAACGGUGGAGGAGACAAGCCAGAUGGAGACACUGCGGGGCACCGCGCCGGAUAUCAAAGAAACAAUGGAGAUCGGUCGCGAGGGAGUCGCCGGGCUCCCGAAUCGAUGGCCCGAUCACCUGGAUGAGGAAGGCAAGGACUUCAAAGCGACCAUGUUAUCCUUCUUUGAUCUGUGUAAGGACCUGCACAAACAGGUGAUGAGCGCCAUCGCAUUGGGGCUGAAUCUCCCCGAACACUUUUUCGACGAGUUUGUCGACGAAGGGGACAAUAACCUCCGUCUCUUGCACUACCCUCCCGUGCGCAAGGAUGUCUUUCAACAAAAUCCUCAUCAGGUACGUGCGGGUGAGCACAGUGAUUACGGCUCGAUCACGCUGCUCUUCCAGGAUCGACAUGGUGGAUUGCAGGUACGAAGUCCCAAGGGGACAUUUGUGGAUGCGACACCCAUUCCCGACACCAUCGUGGUCAACGCGGGUGACCUCUUGGCUCGCUGGUCCAAUGAUACGAUCAAGAGUACUCGACAUCGUGUGAUCGAGCCGCCCAAGCCAGAGGUGCAGGAGGGCGACGAUUUGGCAGAGACGUACCCCUCCCGGUUCAGCAUCGCUUACUUUUGCAACCCGAACAAUAACAAGCUGAUCGAGGCCUUGCCCGGCACGUACGGUCAAGAGAUGAACGUGUCGAAGAAAUACGCCGACAUCACGGCGGGUGAUUACUUGGUCCAGCGUCUAACCGCUACGUAUUGA